CAAAUUUUCAGCGACACAAAAUUCAGGAGUUAUCAAAGUUGAAUUAAACUAAAAGAUGUCUCAGGCGAACUUUUUUGAUGAAGAUGAGCUACCGAAGUUGGAGUCGAUUAGUAAUGCGCUCAAGUGCGAGCAAUCGGGUCACGUUAUGGAGGCCAUAUUACUUUACGAGGAGAGCAUCUAUAAACUUGGUCAAAUGCACAACACAGAUCCCAACAAGCAGCAGCUAUGCCUCAAGUACAUAAAGAUGUACGAAUCGCGAGCGAAGCAAUUGAGGGAUCAGGUCAAGAGUCACCUACAGUCCAGCAAGAUGCUGGAUCACAUCACCAUUGAGCGGGAUUCACGUGGUCGCAGCUAUCAGCGACUGUUUGGUUCCUAUCUAAAUGACAGUGUAAAGGAGGCUCAUGUGAAUGAGCCACAUCUCUGCGAGCUGCAUCAAUUCAAGAAUCUGCUUAACUUCUUCGAAGUUCUUGUUAAAAACUGUCGCUAUCUGAAGUACAUACGGUUGACAACGCGACCGGAUCCAGUUCUAGCCAAGAAUCAGAUGCAUAUACUUCAGCAGAUACGUGCUGAUCUGGCCACUGGCAACAUUCACAUGAACUUCCAAUUGGACGAAGCUCUGCAUGAUCGCAAGAUUGUGCUCAGCUCCGGCAUUGUCAUUAAGAUCGGACGCGGUUUGCAUUACUUUGAGCCCACCGAGGAUGUGUACAAACUGGGCAUGUGCGACUACGAUUUUCGCAAGUGUCUGUCCACAGAGGUGGACAUCUGGAAGUGUCGUGCCUUUGCCAAGACUCCCAAGGAACCGCUUGAUCGCUCGUCUUACAGGCAACCCGUUAAGGAUGCUGUGAAUCAUGGCCAGGACAUGGCGUACUCCAGUGACUAGCGAAUAAAAUUUGCGACAUAAAAAACAAGUGCAAGUUAGUGUUAUAUGGAAAUAAAGAUUAUACAGAAAUCAUAAAAAAUA